UUUAAAAUUAUCCUUUUCUAGCCAAAAAAUGCUUUUUGAAGAAGAUUCCUUAACUAGUAUAAUCCCCCCACCAUCCCCCACACCUUUACUUGAAUGUUCUGGACACAGACCUUCCUGUAGUACAGCCCCAAGUAGCAGAACAGACACUCCAAUACCUAUUUUAAUUAAUAACCAGCAACAACAGAACAAACCUUCACCUUCAAAAAUGGGCUAUUUUGGAGCUACUUCUUAUGUAAUUGGCAAUAUAAUAGGCUCUGGUAUAUUUAUAGCCCCGUCAACAAUAAUUCGACAUACAGAAUCUGCCGGUCUUUCCCUCCUUGUUUGGGUUAUUGGUGCUUUAAUUGCUUUUCUUGGUUCUUUAUGUUAUAUAGAAUUGGGUACAAGUAUAAGAGAAGCUGGUUGUGAUUUUGCCUAUAUUUGUUAUGUUAAGUGGUAUUCAAUAGCCUUCUCAUUUAUGUGGGUCUCUGUAUUAAUGACAUAUCCAGCAACAAUAGCAGUUAUUUCAGAAACUUUUGGGCAAUAUUUACUUGAAGGAUUAAGACAAACAUAUGUAAUUGACCCUAAAUUAGCUCCAAUAGCACAAAAAUGUUUUGGAAUAACUUUGCUUUGUAAGUUUAUUUUUAAAAAUAAAUUAAAAAUAAAAAAAAAGUAA